GUGUUGGAACAAACAAAUUUCUAGCCGUGGACUCACUCACUCACUCACUCACUUACCCAAAGACUUUGAGCAGUGGGUAAUGUAAUAAUUGCCACUGUUGGUGUCAUUUUGCCCAACUUGAAACAUACAUAUACCCCAUCCCCACUCCUUAACCCAACUAAAACUGGUUUCCCCCCUCCUCCUCCUGGAAAAACGAAACCCAAAACGGACCGACUAACAUAAAAUAACUAAAACCCUUCUAAAAUGUCCAAACUACCCCUCCCGUUUCAAAAAUUCUCGCUCUACCUCUCCUUACUCUUCCUGACAUCCACACCCUUCAAUGUAAUUUCACAGAUCACCAACACCCAAGAGCAAUCCAUUCUCUUGAACAUCAAGCAGCAACUAGGCAAUCCACCUUCCCUCCAAUCCUGGACCACCUCAACUUCGCCUUGCACUUGGCCGGAGAUUAGCUGCAGCGACGACGGUUCGGUCACAGCACUUGGCCUUCGUGACAAGAAUAUCACAGUUGCAAUUCCAGCAAGAAUCUGUGACCUCAAGAACCUCACUGUUCUCGACUUGGCAUACAACUACAUUCCUGGUGGAUUCCCAACCUUUCUCUACAAUUGCUCAUCUCUCGAAAGAUUAGAUCUUUCUCAAAAUUAUUUUGUGGGUACGGUCCCUGAUGAUAUUGAUCGACUUUCAAAUCUCAAGUCCAUUGACCUUAGUGCUAAUAACUUCUCCGGUGACAUUCCUCCGGCGAUUGGCAACUUGCGAGAGUUGCAAACAUUGUUUCUUCAUCAAAACGAGUUCAAUGGAACGUUUCCUAAGGAGAUCGGUAACUUGGCUAAUCUUGAACAAUUAAGAUUGGCCUUUAAUGGUUUUGUACCUUCAAGAAUUCCUGUGGAGUUUGGUAAUCUUACCAAGUUGACAUUUUUGUGGAUCAGAGAUGCAAAUUUGAUCGGUUCAAUACCGGAAAGUUUAGCUAAUCUUUCAAGUCUUGAGACGUUGGAUUUAUCAAUAAAUAAACUUGAAGGUAGUAUUCCGGAUGGGUUGUUUUUGUUAAAGAAUCUGACAUAUUUGUAUUUGUUUCACAAUCAAUUGUCUGGAGAUAUGCCUAAGAAAGUAGAAGCAUUGAAUUUGGUUGAAGUUGAUCUUGGUAUAAACAACUUGAUCGGUUCGAUAUCGGAAGACUUCGGCAAGUUAAAGAAUUUGGAACGUCUGCAUCUAUAUAGUAAUCAAUUAUCUGGUGAGUUACCCCAAACUAUAGGCCUUCUUCCUGCACUAAAGUCUUUUCGGGUGUUUACCAACAACUUGAGUGGAGUCCUGCCAACAGAAAUAGGCUUGCAUUCGAAGCUCCAAUAUUUUGAGGUUUCAACAAAUCAUUUCAGUGGCAAACUACCUGAAAAUCUCUGUGCUGGAGGUGUUCUGGAGGGUGUUGUUGCAUUUUCAAACAACCUGACAGGAGAGGUGCCUCAAUCGCUUGGAAAAUGCAAUAGUUUGAAGACGGUUCAGCUUUAUAAUAACAGGUUUUCUGGUGAGAUCCCUUCAGGUAUUUGGACAGUCAUCAAUAUGACAUACUUGAUGCUAAGUAACAAUUCUUUUUCAGGCAAACUUCCAAGCUCGCUGGCUUGGAAUUUGUCAAGGUUGGAGCUUAGCAACAAUAAAUUUUCAGGUCCAAUCCCCACUGGGAUCUCUAGCUGGGUGAAUUUAGUUGUUUUUGAGGCAAGCAAUAAUCUUUUAUCAGGUGAAAUUCCCGUGGAAGUGACCAGCCUCUCUCAUCUUAACACUCUCUUGCUUGAUGGAAAUCAACUUUUAGGUCAACUUCCAUCCAAGAUAAUCUCCUGGAAGACUUUGAAUACCCUAAAUCUUUCAAGAAAUGCACUUUCUGGCCAAAUCCCAGCAGCGAUAGGAUCUUUACCUGACCUUCUUUAUUUAGAUUUAUCUCAAAACCAUCUCUCCGGCCAAAUCCCAUCUGAGUUUGGCCAAUUGAACCUUAUAUCCCUCAACUUGUCAUCCAAUCAAUUUUCUGGUCAAAUCCCAGAUAAGUUUGAUAACCUUGCCUAUGAGAACAGCUUUCUCAACAACUCUAAUCUCUGUGCUGUGAAUCCUAUUCUAGACCUUCCUAAUUGCUACACCAGAUCUCGCAAUUCAGAUAAACUGUCCUCUAAAUUUCUUGCCAUGAUUCUCAUUUUCACCGUAACUGCCUUCAUAAUUACUAUCGUAUUAACCUUGUUUGCUGUUAGAGACUACUUGAGAAAGAAGCAUAAGCGCGAGCUAGCAGCAUGGAAAUUGACAUCAUUUCAAAGAGUAGAUUUCACACAAGCAAACAUUUUGGCAAGUUUGACAGAAAGUAAUCUGAUUGGAAGUGGAGGGUCAGGGAAAGUAUACCGAGUUGCUGUAAACCGUGCAGGAGAAUUGGUUGCUGUUAAAAGAAUUUGGACUAACAGACAAUUUGAUGAGAAGCUUGAAAAGGAAUUCCUCGCAGAGGUUGAAAUUCUCGGGGCGAUUAGGCAUUCAAAUAUAGUGAAGCUGUUAUGCUGCAUUUCGAGUGAGGAGUCGAAGCUUCUCGUCUACGAGUACAUGGAGAACCAAAGUCUCGAUAGGUGGCUUCAUGGGAAGAAGAGAAACUCGUCAUUGGCCGGGACAAACUCCGUCCAGGAUAUCGUCUUGAAUUGGCCUAGGAGAUUGCAGAUUGCUGUUGGAGCUGCACAGGGGCUAUGCUAUAUGCACCAUGAUUGCUCCCCACCUAUCAUCCAUCGAGACGUGAAGUCUAGUAAUAUCUUGUUGGAUUCUGAAUUUAAAGCAAGAAUUGCAGAUUUUGGACUAGCCAAAAUCUUGGUCAAGGAAGGAGAAGCUCGCACAAUGUCUGCUGUAGCAGGCUCAUUUGGUUACAUAGCCCCAGAGUAUGCUUAUACAAUAAAAGUGAAUGAGAAGAUUGACGUUUACAGCUUCGGAGUUGUUCUACUGGAACUGGUGACAGGAAGGGAACCCAACAAUGGAGAUGAAAAUUCCAGCCUUGCAGAAUGGGCAUGGAGGCAAAAUGCAGAGGGAACGCCUAUUAUUGAUUGCUUCGACGAGGAAAUUAGACAACCAUGUUAUCUGGAAGAGAUGACCGCUGUGUUUAAUCUAGGGCUCUUUUGUACUAGCAAUAUGCCUAAUCAAAGGCCUUCCAUGAAGGAUGUUUUGCAGGUUCUACGCCGAUAUUCUCCCACAUCUUACAAAGAGAAUAUGGGAAGUGAAUUUGACGUUGCCCCUCUUCUGGCCAGUGCAACUUAUCUUUCUAGCUACAAACACAGCAAAAGAGUAUCGGAUGAAUAUGAUUGCAGCUUGGUUUACAGCGUAUGAUGUCCGACAGUUUCUUUUUCUUCUUCCCAUUUUUUUUUUCCUCUUCUCCCCUUUGUGGGGUGUAAUAUAUGCUGUAGUGAUGAAAAUUAAUCCAAAUGGCCUACUUACAGAGUGGAAACUACAUUUUGUAGCCGAAGUCCCAAAGGCUGAAUCACCCUGUUAAGGUCCUCUGUUUUUCAA